AUGAGUACGUCCUUCAAAGUUAAUUCGACGUCUUUGAAAGAACCGGAAGAGCCGGAGUCAACCGCGAAUGCUUCUGCGAGUGGUCGUCCCGUGCCGAUGAAUGGCUCUGACGAAGAGCAAGAGCAAGAAGAAAAAGAAGUCGAAGCCCACAACGCAAAAGACUUGGAAGACGAGUUCGAAGAUCCUUAUGCUGGCAAAUGGUGCGGAGGAUUUGGAAAUCACACAAAGGCAAAGGGUUACAAUAUUCUUGGUACAGCCCGUGGUCCCAUUGCCAUGUCCAAUAUCUUUCUCUCUACGGCUCUCAUCUACCUAGCUAGUGAAGAAGUGGGCUGCGUGGAAGAAACAGAAGAUGGAGGGAUGCAAGUGGUGGAGAAUUGCGAAGAGCGCGUCUUUGGAGCCUUUCGUCCUUCCGCAUUGAUCACCAACAUUGCCGUCAUUUCAGGACUCAUGUCCGCUUGUCUGAUGCCCCUCGUGGGAGCCAUUAUUGACUACACACCCCGUCGGUGGAGUAUUGGAGUCACCUCGGCCAUUCUCAUUACACUUAUUCAAAUUGUGCAGAUUGGGACUGUCAGCAGCACUUGGUUCCCCAUGGCUAUUCUACAAGCUAUCACGGGGUUCUUUUAUCAGGUGCAGAUGUGCUCCACGUUUGCCUACAUGCCGGAAAUCAAAAGAGAAGUAUCCACACUCACAAUGACUAGAUUCAGCUCCACUUGGACCAUGGUACAGUUCGGAUCACAAGCACUCUUUCUCCUUGUCAUUGUUGGCAUAUCCAUGGCGUUCUCGUUCAAUGACGUUAUAACGGCACAAGUCAGUCAAGGAAUCAACUCGGUCAACAUUAUUAUCGCCUUUACAGUGGCCUGGCGCAUGAUGCCCAAAGUACCCGCACGACAUACACUCGAACCAGGACAGUGGCUCUUAUUGCAAGGAUUCAAGCAAAACUGGAGAACUGCCAAACGCAUUCAAAAACACUACAAGCGCAGUAUUCGAUGGUAUCUGCUCGGGAUUCUUUUUGCUGAACCAGGAGCCAAUGCCUUUACCGUCGUGUCAGUUGUCUUUUUGAGUGACAAACUCGGAUUGUCCGGAACCGAACUCGGCAUCUUCUUCUUGGUCGUACUCGUAUGCAUGGUACCCGGUGGACUAGUCUCCCAAGCCAUUACCCGGUGCACCAAUCCCAGUAUCAGUUUCCGAUUCUCCAUGAUGUUCCUUUUUGUACUCGGCAUCAUUGGAGCCCUCACUCUCACCAAAGACAAUGUCAAACCCAUUGGAUACGUUUGGGCACUCUUUGUUGGGCUCGGACUCGGAUCUUUUUAUCCAAGUGAGAAACUGUACUUGAGCAUGAUCGUCCCCAAGGGCAUUGAAGCCGAGCUGUCAGGAUUCUACGUGUAUUGCAGUCAAUUGUUGGGAUGGUUGCCACCUUUAAUGUUCACACUGUUGGUCGAAGCCAAUGUCGAUCAAAAGUACGGUCUCAUUUGUACCGUGUGCUUCUUUUUGGUGGCAGUGGCAAUGAUUUCCAUGUCGCCGUCCUUUGACAAGGUACUGGAAGAAGUACAUCAGAAUGAUUUCGAUUUGGAUGUGGAGGACAGUGAUGACACCAACAACAAUCCCAACAACAAGCGAACUGUGGGCACGAAGAAUGGCUCUAGCAGCAUGGAUUCCAACAGCGUGGAGUAA